GCGCUCCCCGCCCCGGGGCGGGGGGGCCCGGGGCUGCGGGGAGGGCGGCAGCAGGUGGGGUAGUCCCGGCGCCAAUGAGCAGGCGCUGGGCUCCCCUAGCAACAGUGCCCGCGCCAAUGGGCGCCGGGAGCUGCCUGCGGCGCUGCCCGCAUCCCCGCCGGAGACGGGCCUUGCCAGGCGACCCUUCCCCGCUGCCCCGGCCCCGGGCCUGGCACCCCGCUGCCCUCCCAGCCCUGCCGGGCCCUGCCCCCAGCCCCGGCCAGAGCCCGGCUUUUCCCCCAGCCGGGUUAAAGUCCAAUCCUGCUUAGCAUCCCCCCCGCCCCGGGGCGCUGGGGCAGGGGGCCGGAGCUUGGCUGCCGGCUCCCUGCCCGCCUGCUUCCCCGGGAUUAGGCACCGCGCUCGGCUUCUCCCGAAGGGGAUUUGCCCUGCUUCGUGUUUCCUUCCCCCCGGACGGAGGGACGGAGGAGGCUGGUGGGGGCCGGCCCGGGCAGCAGCGAGGGGCUCGGCGAUACGGGGCCGUGGCUGCAGCCUCUGCCCUCUUCCCUGCCCCGGUUUUGUGAGCCGGCUGCUUUAACGUGGCGCUUGGAAAAGGACUGGUGCUGGCCCAGGGGCAACUGGUGGCGAUAAACCCACCCUAAAGCACCCGAGCCCGGAAAGGAGCCAGGGGAGCAAAGGGAUGCUGGAACUGGCUCCAGGUGGGAGCAGGCAGACGGCUGCUGUAAUUAGGUUUAAGCUGAAGCUGGAUCAGUCUUUGCGGGGGAUUAUGACCCCUCCGUCUGCAGAGGCGCUGUGAGGGGCCCGGCAACUGCCUGCUCAGCAUCCCGGCACGGCCACGGCGUUGCAAGUGGGCCCUCGGCUGGGGCGGGUGCCGGGGUGCAGUUUUGCCAGCGAGCCAUGGGGCAGGAGCGAAGAUUUUGAUGCCUCUCCCGGGAGUCCCCAGAGCCAUGACUGCAACUGUGCAGACGCUGCGGUUCAAGCUGCUGCCGCACGAGCCGGGCCAGGAGUGGGGGCACAGCUGCCAGCAGGAAAUCGAGCGUCGCUACCAAGUGGUGCCCUCAGUGGUGUGCGCCAUGUGCUGCCUCUUCGGAAUCAUCUACUGCUUCUUCGGCUACCGCUGCUUCAAGGCCGUCAUGUUUCUGACGGGGCUGAUGUUCGGCUCCAUCAUCAUCUUCAUGCUGUGCUACAAGGAGCGGGUGCUGGACACACAGCUGAGCGUGGAGGCCUCGGUGGGCAUCGGGCUGGGCAUCGGGGUCCUGUGCGGGCUGGUCACCAUGCUGGUGCGUAGCGUCGGCCUCUUCAUGGUGGGGCUGCUCCUGGGGCUGCUGCUGGCAGUGGCCACGCUGGUGGUGAUGGAGCAGUUCUACCACCCGCCGACGGUGUGGAUCCCCAUCGCGCUGCUCCUCGGUGUGGGGAUGCUCUUCGCCGUCCUCACCCUGCAGUGGCAACGCUUCUUCACCACCCUCUCCACCGCCGUCUUCGGCAGCGCCAUCAUGACCGUCACUGUCGAUUACUUCAUCGAGCUCUUCCUCCUGGUGCAGUACAUCUAUGAGCGCAUCAAGGUGGCCCCGGCUCGCCCCGUGUGCUGGUACAGCUGGGUCAUCCUGGGCAUCUGGCCGCUCCUCACCACGCUGGGCGUCCUGGUCCAGUGGAAGGUCACGGCCGAGGGCUACUCCCACACAGAAGUGAUCAUCAGCCGGCAGCAACGCCGCGUGCAGCUGAUGCGCAUCAAGCAGCGGGAGGACCGAAAGGAGAAGAAGAAGAAGCGGAGACCCCACCACCCACCGCCCCACCAGCACAAAGCCCACCCACCCGAGCCUGCCUACCGCCGCAAACCCAACCCCGUGCGCCGCUUCGAUGGGGACGUGCUCUCCCCCGUGAGUCCCGCACCCAGGAGCUACAUCCAGAGUUUCCGAGAGCGGCAGACGGGGCCGACCCUGAACAGCCUCAUCACCAGCUCCCAUGCUGUGGUGGACCUGGACUAUGACUGCAGCUCCACCGUGCCCCUCACCACGGGCUCCGGCCCUGCCGUGAGGGUAUAAGCCAACCCAGUGACCUCAAGCAACACCAGCACCCCAGCCUGCUCCGACAGACCCUCUGGAACAGGCGGGGCUGUGCCCUUGACCCUGGACGACCACGUGCAGCUUGGGGCUGUGGAUGGAGACCCUUUCUGGGGACACAUUGGACUUGUCUGGGCAAGCCCGAGCUGCCUGCGGGGCCCGGGGGUGCAGGGGGAGCCCUCCUGCAAGGACUCAGUCCAAGAACUGGGAACACCAGCACCCAUGGACAUGUGGUGUGAGCGGCUCUGCUGGGGCAGAGGCUCCCUGAGCCCCCGCUGCUGCGUGUUUCCUCACAGCCCGGGCAUGCUCAUCCUGCAUCCCAACACUGCCCAGCUCCCUCUAUUCGAGCCCCUCUUCCCCAAGAGCAGCUCCCUGCGCCUGCCCCCCACCCCAUUGCAGCCCCCAGCAACUCCCCAAGUGCCUGUGCCCCAUGUCCCUUCCUCAAAGAGCAGGUCCCACAGCCCUUGCCCCGCAAGGGACUCGCCCGAGCAUGUGCGUCCUGUCCCACCUUGGCCCCGAGAGCAGCUCCCAGGCAAUGCUUCCCAAAACCUGCCUCUUCAGAAGGUCCUCCCACCCUUGCCACCCUCCUUGCCCUCCAGAGCAGCUCGCCGCCCCCCCCCCCCCCCCCCCCCUUUUCCUGAGCUGGACUGGGGUGGUACUGGGGCAGAGGCUGCCAGGGCCAGGUGGUUCCCGGGGUGAUGCUGGCAAGUAGCGCCUGUCCAGCGGGAGCUGCGCUGGGGGGGGUGCACCGCGUGCAUCCCCCCCCCCGACUAUUUUGAUGGGAGAUAGGACACUGGAUCCAGCCUUUGGGCAGAGGCUGGGCUGCCUCAGGGACGUGGGGACCCCUGCAGCGUCAGAGGCCGUCGCUGUUUUGCUGGCGACUGGAUUUUAUAGUGGCCAAGGGGGGCCCUGAGGUUGGUCCGAGCCUCCGGCUGGGGCAGGGCAGGAGCCCCUCUGCUGUGGGCAGAGGCUCCCGCCUUGUAUAUAUUUCUCUUGCUGUGAUUUGUAUUAAUUUAUUAUGGAGUGAGCCAGGACUUCCCCACGGCCAGGCAGGCAGGAUGGGGGCGAGACUGGACCGGGGUGCCCCCCUGCUUUGGGACCCCCUCCCCAGCCCAGCCCGGCUGGCCCUGCUGCCCCGGGAACUGCAUGUUUCUGCCAGGCGCCCCUGUCCCCACAGCGCCGCGCCGCCGUCCCCCUUUUCAGUCUCUUUUGUAAAUGUGCCAAACGCUGCUGAGGCCACAGCCACACAGUAAAGAGCCUUUCGGA